GAUAUUAAUAAGUAGUAUACGGAGAUUAACGGGAGUGGGCGAAAUAAUCACCCUUUGAUCUACGCUAGUAUACGGAGCGCGUGGACCGCAAGCCGUUUACUGAGGAGGCGUGAAAAGGGAAAGAAGAGGAACCGAAUGACGCAUUUUGCUCGCGAAGACGUCGAAUUUCUCCGCGCGGGACUCGUUCAGGUGACCAGUAAAGGCCGCUGAGCAAGAAAAGCGGGACGGGGAGGGCUGCGCGCGGCAACUUCUCAAUCUGUUUAUGCGAUGACGUAAUCUUAGAUCGUGUUUUAUGCUAUGACGUAAUGCAGAUGGACGAGUAUUACAGGAACAAUGCGGAGUUUUUGGACCGGAUGAGACACAUAACCUGUUUUGAUCAUGUUCAGCGGGUCAAGGGAUUUGUUGCCGAGUUCUUAUCAACGCCACAGAACCCAGAAGACGCUUCUUCCACCGUGAGAGACUUUGUAGAGGAAAUGGCGGGUAUGUUGAGUGACCAUCAGUUGUGGAGGGAAGAUGGGGAGGAUGGAUAUGCUCAAGUCUCAGAGUCUCUCGAAAAGUUUCUGCUGCAGCGUCUGUACAAUAAGGUUUUCACUCCUCUUGACUCAACAGAUGCUGAAGAUGACAACCAGCUAUAUCUGAGCACUCGUCGGCUCCAGUUCAUUACCCCAGACCAUCUCGACAUUCCAAGUCGUCCCCUCAACAAAGUCGCCUUCCAUCUUGCCGCCGAAGAACUUGCUAAACUGGAUUCCAGCAAGUUUUCGUCGCCGUGGGAGAAACUUGUGUGCAUUCUUAACUCCAUAUCGAUUCUCUCGAAUCUAUUGAAGCACUAUGGAGCCGAUGAGGGAACAGGUGCAGACGAACUCUUGCCUUACAUCAUCUACACUCUCAUUCUGUUGUCUCCGAAACACAUGUAUUCGAAUCUGAGGUAUGUCCAGCGAUUUAGGAGUGAGUCAAAGUUGAGGAGUGAAGCAGCUUAUUACUAUACCCAGAUGGAAAGUGCUGUUCUGUUUAUAUCGAAUGCCGACCACAAAUCUUUCACAAUAUCACCUGAUGAUUUUGCAAGAGGAAUGAGGGAGGGACGAAGAAGUUUG